AUGUAUAAUUAUACAUGUAUAAUUUCUUCGAUCAGGUCUGCUAACUGCUACUUUGACAUUGAGUGGCAUGGGAAGAAGAUAACCCUGCGUGCCAACAAUGGAAAAUAUGUGGCUGCCAAAAAGAACGGACAGCUGGCUGCUACUAUUGACACAGCAGGUGAGACCGAGGAGUUCCUGAUGAAGCUCAUCAAUAGGCCCCUCAUUGUGCUGAGAGGGGAGCAUGGCUUCAUUGGCUGCAGGAAGGUGACCGGCACCCUGGACUCCAACCGCUCCUCAUAUGAUGUCUUCGGUUUGGAGUUUAGAGAUGGAGCCUAUAGCUUGCGAGUGAGCAAGAGCUGUGGCUCUUUGUUGAAGUGCUGGGCAAGAGGACGGGACUCUCUGCGGGAGUCUCACUGCACUGCAGUCAAGCCAAUGGACGAGUCACGCAAUACAGCACAAUAA